GAUUUUCUCUCAAAACGCCGCGUUUCCACUCGAUGAUGAUCAGAUCUGAGAUUAGAGGAAGGGAUUUCUUCUGAUGGCGGCGGCGAUGCAUACAUCGACGGAGUUGUUCAGCCUGAAACCCAACAUCACCUGGAAGAAUCGUGAUCGGGCUACGCCUUCUUGCACUCUUGGUGGCAGCAUUGCCGGUGAUGUCUCUCCGAAAAGGAAGCUCCCUGUUCUCCUCUUCGACGUUAUGGACACCAUCGUCCGCGACCCUUUCUACCACGACGUUCCGGCCUUCUUCGGAAUGCCAAUGAAGCAACUGUUAGAUUGCAAGCACCCUAUGGCGUGGAUCGAAUUUGAAAAUGGCUUGAUUGAUGAGGAGGAGCUAGCAACUAAGUUCUUCACUGAUGGGAGGGACUUUGAUUUGGAAGGGCUAAAGGAGUGCAUGAGAUCAGGAUAUUCCUACUUAGAUGGCAUGCAAGAGCUUCUUCAAACUUUGAAAGCUGACAACUUUGAGAUUCAUGCUUUCACCAAUUAUCCCAUCUGGUACAAAAUCAUCGAAGACAAGUUAAAGCUUUCUGCCUACUUAUCGUGGACGUUUUGUUCCUGUAAUGCUGGAAAGAGAAAGCCUGAUCCAGAGUUCUAUCUCGAGGUUGUAGGACAUCUCGGAGUCGAACCUUGCGACUGUAUAUUCAUUGAUGACAGGCCAACCAACGUCAAGUCUGCUAUAGAGAUAGGGAUGCGUGGGCUAUGUUUUGCGGAUGCAGAUUCACUCGUUAAGGAUCUCUCACAUCUAGGGAUCAACAUCUCUCUACCCAAAAUUUGAUUGGAUGUUAUUUGUAACUUGUAUUGCAUCUUGGAUGUUGUAAUUUGUGGUGCUUCUCUAGAGAGAAUUACACUUGCAAAAAAAAUAAGCAGAUACAUUGUUUUGGGAAUGCAAGUGACCGUAAGUA